CUUGUAUAAAAGUAUAAAAGCAUCGGGAAUUGUUUAAACCAAAAAUGCCAUUGGGGAAAUACUACUGCGAUUACUGCGAUAAGGAAUUCCAGGAUACUCCAGCAGCUCGGAGGCGUCAUCUUCAAGGUGUUCAACAUCAGAGAUCCAAAGCUCUUUGGUACGAUUCCUUGCGCAAUCCUCAGUUAUUUAACGAUCCGGAUUCGUUUGGUAAAGGAGUCUGCAAUCACUUUGUUCGAACGGGGUAUUGCCAGUAUGGGGACUCCUGCAAAUAUUAUCAUCCCAAGCAAAACUCUCAAACUGUGAACCAAACGGGAAUUCCUCCAGGGGAAAUUAGUAGAGAGGGUUUUCACUCAACUAGUCAACCUUUUGGUUCGGCCUCUUUUCCAGGUGAUGUGUUCAGAGAAAACGCCGGAGCAUCGCUGGGCAAUCUGCCUCCCUCUCUAAGACCUCCGCCUGAGCGUGGUUAUCCACCUCUCCCAUUUGUUGACUGGGGAUAGAUUGGAAAUUUUAGUGUGGUGGCAGGAAUAAAUGCUCAGCAUAUUUGGUUGCAGAAGGUUAUUCAUACUCUUUUUAAGUCUUUCCUUUUUUUUUCUCUGUGACCCUUUUAAGUCGCAAUUAAUGUUGAUUUCAGAUGGUCAUACUGGUUGGACCACCUUUGGUGCAAUAUGUGGAUUACUAGUUUCACUGCUUGACUGUGGUCUUGGUGGCUAUCAUUUGGAGGUUACAAAUUAGAUGAGUUUGAGCAGUAGGGUUUGGAGCUUACAAUUGUUAAUUUCAGAACAUAUCAGGAGAGACUCUGCCUUAUUUUUGUAAAGAAGCCUAAGGGUGUUUUCAUGUUUAUAUU